GUUUUAUCGGUGGCUUGGAGUCGGUGGUACCGCACCUUUUAUUGGUUUCCAACAACGAACUGACGCCACUUAUCGCUCGGCCCUACCACCUCGCCUGUGCCUCCCUCUCCCCGACCCCCAAAUCCUCAUGGCGUACCAAAACCCCCAUGCUUCCGCCGAGCCCGGAAAGAAAGCCCUAGAGACACCUCCCCCUCCUGCAGCGGCCGCCGACAAGCCCGCUCCUCCGGCGGCAUGCCUUGAAAACCCUAUUCCCUCGCCCGACGCGAGCUCUGCCCGAUUGGAUCCCGCAAUCCAUGGGAACGCUGCGGCCGUGGGAUCCAACUCGGUCUUGACGAGUGCCAUGCAGAACGGCCCCGUCACUGAUCUGCAGAAGAAGCUUCGGCGAGCCGAGCGAUUCGGGACGGCGGUGAUGCUUUCUGAAGGGGAGAAACGAAAUUCACGAGCAGAGAGGUUUGGAACUGGGUCAACAUUAAGUGGCCCAAAGAAUGUUGGACUUCUAGAGGAGCAAAAAAGAAAAGCCCGGGCAGAGAGGUUUGGGCUUAAGAAUGGCACUGUAGCUGAUGAGGCCGCAAAGAAGAAGGCACGGUUGGAAAGAUUUGCAACAAACUCCAAGAUGGAUGAUAGUUCAGAAGAUGAGAAAAGGAAGGCAAGAGCAAUCAGGUUUUCACAAGGC